AAUCCCGGCUCAUUAAAAAUCUUCUCUAGUCUACCGCGCUACGCCAGCUGCUGCCGAGCGUCGUCGCCGACGCCUCACGGCCCAAACCCUAACCUACCUCUCACGCGCGUCGCCGCCACCAUCGCCGUUCCCAUUCCACCUCGUCACGUCCCUGCCGUAUUCACCCCGUCCGAAACCUUGGACAUUGGUUUCUGAAGGCCACCAGGUUACCUAGAAUCAUCAUGUCAGGAAGAGAUCGCCUGCCGCGCCGUUUUGUCGAAGAUGGAAGGGGCUAUGUUGACGCCCGUGUGGCUGAGGAUCGCAGGGGUCAUCAUCCUGGUAUCCGAGUGGUUGAUGAUCGUAGGGGCCAUCACGAGAUCCGUGUAGUCGAAGAUCGCAGAGCCUAUCCUGCAGUUCGUGUGAUUGAGGAUCGUAGAGCCUACCCUGAGAUUCACGAAAGGCCGCUCAUGAGGGUGGCUCCUCGCUCUCACCUGGAUGUCCUAGAGGAAGAAAUUCAGUUGCACGAGAUUGAUUUCCGCAGGCUUAUGGCUGAUCGUCAUGCUCUAGCUGAGGAACGGAUGGAGUUGCACAGGGAGUUGCAAGCCGGAAAGGAGGAGGUCCGUCACCUUAACAUGAUCAUCGCAGAGAUUAAUGCCAAGAAGGAAGCUUAUAUCAGCGAGCUCGUUGACAAGAGAAGGAAGCUUGAAGCUGAACUUAGAUCAAAUGAGCCUUUGAGAGAUGAGGUUGUGCAUCUUCGUGGUGAAAUCGAGAAGCUCCUUGCUGUUAGGAAAGAACUCUCUGCAAAGGCUGCAUCACUCAUGCAGGAGCUGAGUAGGGAGAGAUCUGAUAAACAACAGUUACCUAUGCUGAAAGCAGAGAUUGAGGGCCUUCAACUGGAACUUACCCAUGCAAGUUGUAUUGUUUGCAGGAAUGCAUGUGAAUUGGAGCAGAAGGGGAAUUUCGAGUUGGUGGAACAAAGGAAAGCAAUGGAGAAGAGUAUGAUUUCGAUGGCACAAGAAAUUCAACAAAUGCGGGCCGAAUUAGCUAAUUUUGAUGGCAGACCAUGGGGCACAGGUGGAGCACAUGGGAUGAAGCUGGGCAGUCCUGAAGCGACCUUCCCUACUCAAUAUGGAGAUAAAUACAAUAUACAUGCGGGAGUUUCUGAGAAAGGUCCUUCGCACCCUCCUGAAUCUUCGUGGGGCACAUUUGAGAAGAACCGUUUCCAGUACCGCUAAGACCCCAGCUGCUACAUUCCGGGGAGAAAGAAUCACCUCUAGGUUGAAUCCUCAGUUGGUCCUUUUCUCUGAUGACAGAAGAUGUAUUUGUUCAUGUGAAGGAGCCGUCACUGCCAGAAAACAGUAAUAAAUAUGGUAACGGGGAUAACUGUUGCCUUUCUGACGCUGAAGGUUCUAUGCCAGUUAACUGAUACAUCUAGAGAUGCGCUCUUCUAAAACAUCAUAUUUUCUAGACAUCCCUGAAAAGAGAUCAAGAUGGAUUAUCAUACCAGUUGGAGAUAUGGGAAAUGGUUAAAUCAGUCAAGAGUGCCCUAGCAACACUUGGAAGGUCUUGAAUGUGGGCGUGUGGGCGAUUGGGUUCAUUUGCAGGCAUUAAGUUUUGUUGUGGUUUUGGGGGAAGAGUGAACUUGUGCCAUAGAAGUUUCUGGUUGUCUGGAAGCCCCUGUUCUGUGUCACUGUCGUGAUAAUUUCCUUUCUCCAUAGGGAAGUUGAAAAGAGAUUCUGCUACAAAUUGUAUAGCAGUGAAGCCCCUGUUGGUGGAUUGAACUGUGCCUGGCCAUGAUGCUUCCAGUUGCUGCAUUUGGAUGUAGUCACCAGUUUGUCCAGCAGUGAAGCGAACUGUGCCUGGCCAUGAUGCUUCCAGUUGCUGCAUUUGGAUGUAGUCACCAGUUUGUCCAGCAGUGAAGCGCAAGUCAGCAUAGCUGUCUGAUGCUUAAGAUGUCAGGAAUAAAAUAAGUUGCUCCCUACAUGCGCUGGAGGCAAUGAAGACACGAUUUCAGAAGAGAGGUGCAUAUUACACCCCUCAACUCUAGCCCUAGUCUAAUAUACACCCCUCAACUCCAAUACCGUCUAAAAUACACCCCCCAACUCUCAAAACCGGCUAGAAUUCAACUCUCCCUCCCUGUUGACUGGUUUUGAUUGAGUGAACAGUAAAAAAUAAAAAAAAAUUUAAAACAAAUUUUUUUUUGGACAAAAUUCAAAAAGUUCCAAGUUUUUGCACCGUGUGAACAGUAAAUUCAAAAAAAAAUUCACCUUUUCAGCAUGUUUGGAUACCUGAGUAAAUUUGAGAUGUUCGUAAAUUCGAAAAAUAUUCAAAAUUUUCAGCAUGGUGAACAGUAUUCGGGAAAAAAAUCCAAAAAAAAAUCACCACGCGCUCAAACACCAUCCAUGCAAAAAAGGGUUUUAAAAAAAAAACGAUUUUACUGUUCACCAAGCUGAAAUUUUGAAAAAAAAAUCGAAUUUACGGACAUCUCGAAUUUACUCAGGUGUCCAAACAUGCUGAAAAGGUGAUUUUUUUUAAAUUUACUGUUCACGUGGUGAAAAAAACUUUGAACAUUUUUGAAAUUUUUCAAAAAAUUUUUUUAUGGUUUUUAAAAUUUUAUUUUUACUGUUCACUCAGUCAAAAACGGUUAAACUGGGUCAAAACCGGUCAACAGGAAAGGGAGAGUUGAAUUGUGGCCAGUUUUGAGAGUUGGGGAGUGUAUAUUAGACGGUAUUGAAGUUGGGGGUGUAUAUUAGACUAGGCCUAGAGUUGGGGGGUGUCAUAUGCACUUCUCUCAUUUCAGAAUCCCCCAAGGACUCACGUUAUGCUGUUUUGAUGAUCAUGUUGUUGGUAAGGCAGUGCCAACCUGUCAGGACCUACCGACACAAACAAGUCACUGACAAGCCCAUCUGAAUGUUGGACUCAAUGGUAAGGCAGUGCAACACUUUAGGACCCUACGCAUAGAGUAGUGAACUACAUAUGUUUGAAAUUACGAGCAUGAUUUUGCCGCUCAAGAGUUUUGCUGAAAAUGAAGAUCCUGCAAGUCACCCGUUGUGCACAUUGGGAGCAUAUUUUGAUGCCCAGGAAGGUUGUUGACAAGCGGAGGAAGCAUGUAAUCGAUCUUUUUGGCAGCUUUUCUCCACCGCCUAUCUAUGCAUGAUGAGAGAAGUUAUGGUAUCAUGGCUGAAUUACAGCUUAGAAUGUUGUCUGAUGAAUAGAAACCCUGGUCUUGAACUCCUGGUGAAAAAACGGAUGCCCUUGUGCUC